GCUAAAUCGAUCGUAAAGAAGUGGACUAAUAUUAGAGACAGCUGGAUGAGGAGUAUUAAUGAGAAAAAGAAAUCAAAAACAUCAGGAUCGUCUGCGACAUGUCCGAGAGCCUACGUUUAUCAUCGUCAAAUGUUGUUCUUAAAAAAAAUUGUGACGCCAGCUGACACACAUGAUAGUGCAACUAUUGCUACACCAAACCCAGCAGACGAUAGUACAGCCGCUACAGUUACAUCAGAUGUUACCCAUGACAGUGCGAUGGCUCAGGACAAUUUAUUUGGUGAAGAUGCUACAGAUAAUCAAGAUGCUACAGAUGAAUGUCAACAAGAAACUAAUAAUGAAAAUUUAGUAGGUGGUUCGAAAAGAAAAAAAAGCAGACCAUCGAGGCAGAAUUUAAACGUGUUUGAUAAGAAAAUGAGUGAGUUUAUAGAUUAUCAAAUGGAAUGCAAGAAGAAAGAAGAAAGUAAUUUGUUUUUCUUUAAAAGUCUACUUCCAUCAUUGGCAACGCUAAACGAUAAUCAAACAUUAGAAUUUCAAUCAGGCGUCUUAAAUUUAUUGCAAAAUAUAAAGAACUCUUGCUAA